AUUUUCUAUUUUGUACAUACGUUGUUUUGUAUAUACUGUAUAUGAUGACUUCGGUGGGCAGUGAACGUACCCGGGGCACUCGGGACAAAGCGCAGAUUUCAACCACACAGCCAACACAACCACAGAAACAAGUAGUACAGGCAACAGCAGAACAGAUUCGCCUUGCUCAGAUGAUCUACGAUAAGAGCGAUGCAGAUUUUGAAGAUAAAGUGAAACAACUUAUGGAGGUGACGGGGAAAAACCAGGAUGAGUGUAUAGUGGCACUACAUGAUUGUAAUGAGGAUGUCAACAGAGCAAUCAACAUACUGCUGGAAGGAAGUUCAGACACGACUUCUUGGGAGACUGUAGGGGGAAAGAAGAAAAGCCUUGGAAAGGAAGGUUCAGAAAACAAAGAGAACAGAGAAAAACGAGGGGACAGAGAAGUGAGUCGUGGACGGGGAAGCUCCAGCAGACGGGGAAGAGGAGGCAGCCGUGGCCGAGAGUUAAGAGUUGAAGAAAAUGGAGUGGACAGCAAUCAAGGAGACAGGCCUUCAGACCGUGGGAAGCGUGGCCGUGGGAGAGGGUUUGGACGUGGCAGAGGGAGAGGAACAGGGAGGUUUUCAGCCCAAGGCAUGGGGACAUUUAACCCUGCAGACUAUACGGAGUCUUCUGCCACUGAUGGCUUUGGGACAAAAUCAGAGAUUUGGCAGAUUGGUCACAAUGAUGCAGAUGAUGGAACUGGAGCAUGGAAAAACUCAAUAGAAGAGUGGACAGCAGAAGAUUGGAAUGAAGAUCUUUCUGAAACGAAAGUAUUCACUGCUUCUUCUGUUCCAGUUGAGAAUCACAUGACUCCUGGGCAGAGCAUCGAUUUGAUAACACUGCUUCAAAAGCCUGUGACCUCUUCUACCCAAGAUAUGGAAGGGAACUCAUUUGAGGCUCCACAGCAGCAGACCUUUGGCCAAGCCCUGGUCUUCACGAAUUCUCAGCACAGCACCCAGAUGGCAUCAGGAACUGGCAGCUCCAGUGCUGUAAACUCUUACUCUCCUCAAAGUCUGUCUGCAGUUCUUUGUUCUGGCUUUGGAGAACUUGGAUCCUCUAAAUUGGCAAACUCUACUGGGUCGCAAAUCUUAGACCAGUUGAAAUCUCCGGGAUUGGGUCAGUUUACCUCUCAACAGAACAAUAGUAGUUCUACUGCCACUACCACAACUGCCACAUCAUCCUGGGAUUUAAAACCGCCCAUUAGUCAGUCCUCAGUCCUUAAUCAGUUUGACUUUAAAUCCCAGCCUGAACCAUCUCCAGUUCUGAGCCAGCUCACCCAGCGACAGCAUCAACAAACACAGGCAGUUCCUGUUCCGCCUCCUGGGCUGGAGUCCUCCUCCUCCCAGAUAAAACUCCGAGGGCCAUCUCCUGUAAACACCUCUACAGCUGUUAGCAAAAUCUUACAGCUUCCUACUCUCUCUAUGGAUAACCAGGCAGUAACUACCCAUCAAACCCACCAGAAACAGAUAAAACCACCAAAACGGAGGAUGACUCCAGCAUCCAAGAUUCCUGCCUCUGCAGUUGAGAUGCCUGGAUCAGCAGAUGUGACAGGGUUAAAUGUCCAGUUUGGAGCUUUGGAGUUUGGAUCAGAGCCUGCGCUCCCAGAGUUUGGAUCAACUUCAAGCAGUGAGAAUAACAGCCAGGCAACCAACAAUAGCUUGUAUUCGAAAUCUUUAAAUGAUCCUUUGAAUACCUCUUUGCCAAUAUCCAAUACAGUACAGGAGUCCACCUACACAGCCUCUGCCAUCACCUCUUCCAGUCUCACCUGCUCAUCCCAGAGCACUACCCCAGUAACAACUUCCUCCUAUGACCAGACUUCUGUGCAUGGUAGGAUAACGUACCAAAGCUCCAUGGCUCCGUCUGAAUCAACCCCGGUUGCAGUUACGAAUGGGCACAGUGGUGCUAGAACACAGGCGACUCUUGACACUACUUCAUCAGUUCCAGCACCUAAGACAGAGCCUCCUCCCUCAUUACCUUCUGCUGGUUCUCUGCCUAGUGUGGUAUCCACCACUGCCUCGCUUUUGCCUUCAUCAUCGCAGCAUGUGGCGACAUUGCCCAGCUUGCCCCAGUCUGGUGAUUUGGCCAGCUGCUCACUUUCCCAGUUAAGCAGCUCCCUUUCCAAUCAUCAGAGCAGCCUCUCCCCUGCCUCAGUGUUGUCUUCAGGUGCAUCACACGUGCACACUAGUGUUGAGAACACAAGUUCGCUCCAGCCUUCAACAACCUUUUCAACUGUUUCAACCUCAGCCACUAGCACCACCUCUUCAGUUGUCAGCAUGGCAAGCAGUAUGAACACUACAAACAGCCUUGGCCUGAGCGUUUCCAGUGUGUCCAUACCAACUGCUACCACACGAGCAGCUCCCUUAGUGUCUUCAGGCAAAGCUCCCCCAAACCUGCCCCAAGGUGUACCACCCUUGUUGCAUAACCAGUAUAUUGUGGGACCUGGAGGACUUCUGCCUGCCUACCCAAUUUAUGGUUAUGAUGAUCUUCAAAUGCUUCAAUCCAGGCUGCCAAUGGAUUACUAUGGAAUUACAUUCCCUGCUCCAGCAACCUUGACAGGCAGAGAUGGGAGCCUUGCUAACAAUCCAUACUCAGGUGACGUAACGAAAUUUGGCCGUGGGGAUUCUGCCUCCCCUGCUCCGGCGACCACGCUUGCCCAGCCGCAGCAGAACCAGACACAGACUCACCACACGACUCAGCAGCCCUUCCUCAACCCGACCCUGCCCCCAGGGUACAGCUACACUGGGUUACCUUACUAUGCUGGUGUGCCCGGUGUACCCAGUGCAUUCCAGUAUGGGCCAACUAUGUUUGUACCUCCAGCAUCUGCAAAACAGCAUGGAGUCAACCUGAACACUGCAUCGACUCCUUUCCAGCAAGCAAGUGGCUAUGGGCAGCAUGGCUAUGGGGCAGGCUAUGAUGACUUAACGCAGGGAACGGCAGCUGGAGAUUACAGCAAAGGAGGCUACAGUGGGUCAUCUCAAGCACAAAACAAAUCUGCUGGCACUGGACCUGGGAAAGGUGUUUCAGUGACCUCAAGUAACACAGGUGUGCCUGAUAUCAGUGGCUCAGUCUAUAACAAGACUCAGACAUUUGACAAGCAGGGAUUCCAUGCUGGCACACCGCCUCCUUUCAGCCUGCCCUCUGCUCUUGGAUCGACUGGGCCCCUGAACCCUGGUGCUGCCCCAGGUUAUGCUCCAGCCCCGUUUCUCCAUAUCCUCCCUGCACAUCAGCAGCCUCAUUCCCAGUUGCUGCAUCACCAUCUUCAGCAAGAUGCGCAGGGUGGAUCUGGCCAACGCAACCAACCCAGCACCAUGCAGCAAAAGUCUCAGGCUACCAAAACCGCCUAUGGCACUUCUCCUUACUGGACAAACUAAAUCCGACACCGGGGAGGAGGGAGAGAGUGGAAGGAGAGGAGGAGAAAAAGAAACAAGGAAAAAUGAAAGAAA